GGGGCUGGUUUGUUGACAGGAAGCAGAAAGUGGUGCGUUAUCAGACAGCCUUUUUGUGGCUUUUGACCAAAGAACAGUUGGUGCAAAAUACUUCAAUCGUAUUUACCUCGAAGGUCAGAGGAAGUUAAUUAUGGUUUUUAAGACCGACUCUGGGCAAAGAUGCAAUGGAGGUCAAUAGUAGUUGGUCUUCUCGUGCUGAGACUGACUCUCAGUUGUCUGUUAUGGUUAGCGUUUGGUUUGGUACCGAGCUGGGGUUUCAACUUCCCUUUAAAUUUUAAUUUCAAUUUGCACAAAAUAGAGCUGUUCAGAGAGAACGAGGGGGUGACCGUGAAGACUAACUCUUGGUCACAGCAAACACAGAACCAUGGAGAAAGUGACACACGACAGACCUCAUGUCCCAAGAUGGGUGAUGACUCCAGCAAAAGGUCUUACCUGAAUCUCUUUGAUGGCAACAGGGACGAAUAUGCAAGGAAGUACAACUCCUUCCCAGACACCCUCAAGACAAAAAUGAGACAUAUGGCUAAAGAAAUGUUUUACUUUGGAUAUGACAACUACAUGAAAUAUGCCUUUCCCGAGGAUGAGCUGAAUCCUAUUGACUGUCAAGGAAGGGGGCCUGAUGUUCUGAACCCGUCAAACAUCAACAUCAAUGAUGUCUUGGGAAACUAUUCCCUCACACUCAUUGACACCUUAGACACUCUUGUGGUGCUGGGCAACGUCUCAGAGUUUCACAGAGCUGUUAAGUUAGUGAUAGAAACUGUGUCCUUUGACAAGGACUCAACAGUGCAAGUGUUUGAGGCAAACAUCAGGAUUUUAGGAAGCCUUAUCUCAUCUCACAUUCUCCUGACUGACUCCAAACAUCCCUUUGGAAAUGUGGGCCUGAAGGACUAUGAUAACGAGCUGCUCCACUUGGCCCACGACCUGGCCGUGCGCCUGCUGCCCGCCUUCCAGAACACAGGCACCGGCAUCCCCUACCCCAGGGUGAACCUGAAGAACGGGGUUCCUCCGGACAGCAUCAACGAGACCUGCACGGCAGGGGCGGGCUCUCUGCUUGUGGAGUUUGGGAUCCUCAGCCGCCUGAUAGGGGACUCAACGUUUGAAUGGGUCGCUCGACGGGCUGUCCGGGCCCUCUGGAGUCUGAGAAGCAAUGAGACCGGCUUGCUAGGGAAUGUGGUGAACAUCCAGACAGGCCAGUGGGUUGGCAAGCAGAGCGGUCUAGGAGCUGGGAUGGACUCCUUCUAUGAGUAUCUGCUCAAGUCCUACAUCCUGUUUGGAGAGAAGGAGGACUACCGGAUGUUCCAAGCCGCUUACGGGAGCAUCCAGAACCACCUCAGAAGAGGGAGGGAGUCCUGUAACGAAGGGGAAGGCGACCCACCGCUCUAUGUCAAUGUGAACAUGUUCAGUGGCCAGAUCAUGAACACCUGGAUCGACUCCCUGCAAGCGUUCUUCCCUGGUCUCCAGGUUUUGAGUGGAGAUGUGGAGAAUGCCAUAUGCUUGCAUGCCUUCUACUAUGCCAUCUGGAAGCGCUUCGGGGCUCUUCCUGAGAGGUACAACUGGCAUCUGCAGGCUCCAGAUGUCCUCUUCUACCCUCUGAGGCCAGAGCUGGUGGAGUCCACCUACCUACUGUAUCAGGCAACUAAGAAUCCAUUCUAUUUACACGUUGGAAUGGAUAUCCUUCAGAGUCUGGAGAAACAUGCCAAAGUCAGGUGUGGUUACGCUACUCUUCACCAUGUGGUGGACAAAUCCAAAGAGGAUCGCAUGGAGAGCUUCUUCCUCAGCGAGACCUGUAAAUACCUUUACCUGCUGUUCGACGACGACAACCCGCUGCACAAAUCGGAGAAUAAGUACAUCUUCACCACCGAGGGCCACAUGGUGCCUAUAGACGAGCGCUUCCGGGAGAAGCAGUGCAACGACCUGUUCCCCUGCCUGGAUGACGCUCCGCCCGACCGGCACCCCACCAGCCGGCCUCCCAGCAACAGCACCAACUGCGACCGGAUCUCCGAGGAGAGACGCUACGCGCUGCCUCUGAAGAGCGUGUACAUGAGGCAGAUCGAUCACAUGGUGGGACUGUUCUGAGCUGGAGGGGGAGCCGUAGGGGGGGGGCGCCCGUCCACGCCCCCUCAGUCCCAGCUGUAGUGAGGGGGGGUGCUCAGAGGUGGGUGGGCUCCUCAUCCCCCCCCCCCCCCCCCCCCCUCCGCUUGGGUUGUCUACCGCUCAGGACCGGGAGAUAAAAGACCAACGUUAGGCAACACUUUCAAAUCGAAGUUUGUUCAUGUGCUGUAUUCAUUGAAAGUAUACGCAGCCUUUGAGUCCUUCUUUGAUUCAAACUUUUUUGGGGAAUUUAAGAGGAGACGUAACCCGUUUUGUGGAAUCUUGUUCCACAACAUUUUCGAGUGUGUGAGUCACUACGGGGUUGGGUUUGAGUACGACUGAGAUUAGUUUUUGUUCAGGAAUGAAUGACACAAAAAGGGCUUUCCUGUUUUUAGGUAUUGGUUUAGGUGUGUGUGUACGCGCAUGUGUACAUUUUCGGAACAAACACCUACGCUGUGAAUAUUGUGCUGUUGAGGGAACAGUGGCAUCCAGUUCCACAUUAAGUUUGAAGCUGCUUACUACACAGAGAGAUCUCACUACACAGUGACUAGUGCCUCACAUCAAAUAGGAUUUUCACUUGACCUAGUGUUAUUUGUCAAGGGCUUUACACUAACAAAUGGGAAAGAUUCUUAACACAACUAGUCACACGAUGGAUGUAAAUUGGGCAGCUGCCUGUUUCCUAGAUUGUGCAUUGUCCAUUAUCUUAUAUAAAUUGUUCACAUACACAAUUACAUUUAACAUUUUGAAAAUGCUUGCAGAAAGAGUUACAAUUUUCAUCUAUUUAAUGAGACCCAGAUAUGAGGCGAAUGGAAUUAAGUGACAUCCGCAUUAAGAUUAUAGAAUAACAGCCCAGCAGUCAAUAGUGCAUGUGGAAAUAAACAGAACAUGACAUGGUGAUAGGUUUUCAGGACUACACAGACCCUUUAAAAGUGCCUUUGGCCUUUUGGUAGCUGAAUCCGGAGCUGUGCUUUAGUCCACUAGUUGUGAUGCUCAUCAGUAGUUGACGUUAGCGUCACAGCAGGUUGACUCAAACUAAGACAGGUCUGAAGCUAAGUCUGCUUUUUAGGAACCUCAUGAUGUUGAAUCAAGAGGAGAAGUAUUUAUCUCUAUGAGGCUAUGAACAUUAUGCCAAGAUGGGCACCAUUCCUUAAUAGUAUGUGUGGUGUUGUAUCGUAUUGACACUGAUCAUGGCACAGGCUCUCUCUGAAAACACAGGGACUGUCAGGACUGAACAAAGCCAUAACUUUGUCAUUUCGUUGGUGGAUGUUUGUGUGUAAAGUUUCUCGAACAGAAUGGAUGUGAAUUUCAAUAGCCAAGCAUGAAUAAUACCGAUGUGUUACCUGUCCACAGAGUUUAUGCUGCAUAGUUAUUUGAACAUAGGUGUACCAAGUAACCAUAGUGACCUGUAGGGUUAUGGGACAUCACUAUGUGUAUUGGCAUGAGCCUAUAUCACACGAUGCUCAGACAAGGCCUCCCUCACCUAGGGUGUAACCCCAGGAGGAUACUCAGGGAUUGACGAAUAUCACUUUCUUUUUGUUGUUGCAGUGAAUACUAUUGUUGAUGACUGUCUUAACAUCUUGCUGCCUACAGUGACAAGGCCCAACCUUGUGCAUUUUUGGGGGGAUCAUAAAACAGAUUUGUUUUUAAAUGAUUUUAAUUUUGUUUGAUUUCUUACUGAAAUGUCUCUUGUCAAAAUGUCUGCAAUAAAUGCAAAAUACUGUUCAUGAUA